AUGACCUUCUCUGAGCUCCUGGACCGCUUGGGUGGCGUCGGCCCCUUCCAGUUCCUUCACCUGGCCUUGAUCGGCUUGCCAGUCCUGGGCAUGGCCAACCAUAACCUGCUGCAGAUCUUCACAGCCUCCACCCCAGCCCAUCACUGCCGUCCACCCCCCAAUGCCUCCGCGGGGUCCUGGGUGCUCCCCACGGGCCCGGAUGGGAAGCCUGAGAGAUGCCUCCGAUUCAUACAUCCACCCAACGCCAGCCUGUCCAACGUCACGCAGGGGCCUACAGAGCCAUGCUUGGAUGGCUGGGUCUACAACAUCAGCGCCAGGGACUCCAUCGUGUCAGAGUGGGACUUGGUGUGCGGCUCCUACAAACUGAAGGAGUUGGCCCAGUCUCUGUACAUGGCGGGCGUGCUGAUUGGUGGGAUCUUAUCUGGAAACCUGUCUGACAGGUUUGGUCGCAAAAUUAUCCUGUGCUGGAGCUACCUGCUGCUGGCCGUCAGCGGCUGCUGUACAGCCUUCAGCCCCACCCUCCUCACCUACAUGGCCUUCCGCUUCCUGACGGGCUGCAGCCUCGCCGGCAUAUCUAUGAGCACGGUGAUCCUGAAUAUCGAGUGGAUGCCCACCCGCAUACGCGCCAUCAGUUCAACGGCUGUCGGCUACUGCUAUACCAUUGGUCAGUUCAUUCUGCCUGGCGUGGCCUAUGUCAUUCCCCAGUGGCGCUGGCUACAGUUAACAGUGUCCAUUCCCUUCUUCAUCGUCUUCCUGUGGUCCUGGUGGAUAGCAGAGUCUGUAAGCUGGAUGGUCCACUUCGGGAAGUCCUCAAAGGCCCUGAAGUUACUCCGCUGGGUAGCUGCCUUCAAUGGCAAGAAGGAAGAAGGAGAGAAGAUCAGCUUGGAGGAGCUCAAACUCAAUCUGCAGAAGGAGCUGUCUUUGACCAAGGCCAAGUACAGCAUAGUUGACCUGUUCCGGACACCCAUCCUGCGUCGUGUGUCACUCUGUCUCUCCUUAGCCUGGUUUUCCACUGGUUUUGCUUACUACAGCUUGGCCAUGGGUGUGGAAGAAUUUGGGGUCAACAUCUACAUGCUCCAGGUCAUCUUCGGGGGUGUGGACAUCCCGGCCAAGUUAAUCUCCAUCUUCUCCCUAACCUUCCUGGGCCGGCACACCACACAGGCAGCUACCCUGCUCUUGGCAGGAGGGACUAUCUUGAGUCUAAUCUUCGUGCCCUCAGAACUGCAGACCCUCAGGACAGUGCUGGCCGUGUUUGGGAAGGGGUGCCUGUCCAGCUCCUUCAACUGCCUCUUCCUCUACACAAGCGAGCUGUACCCCACCGUUAUCCGGCAAACAGGAUUGGGCAUAAAUAACGUGUGGGCCCGCUUGGGCAGCGUGAUGUCCCCGCUGGUGAAGACCCUGGCCGAGGUACAGCCCUUCAUCCCCAAUGUCAUCUACGGGGUCUCCGCCCUCUUGGGGGGCAGUGCCGCACUCUUCCUGCCUGAGACCCUCAAUCGGCCCUUGCCAGAGACCAUCGAGGACCUGGAAAGCUGGUCAAAGGCUAAUAAGAAGCCAGAAAAGGAGCUGGAAACAGAAAAGAUCUCCCAGAGGAUCCCUCUGCAGGCCUGUGACCCAGAUGUGGUGCCCAGCUGA